ACCUAAUGUUGUAUUAUGAUGUAUGGUGACUUUUCUCUGCUAUCACUUGUUAACUUCUAAUGUUGAAUCAUCUUCUUGCUGCAACUGCUUAGGCUAAAUUUUAUCUGUUGAAUAGUUCAUCUACCCCGCAUUGAAUAUUGGAAUACGUGUUGAAUUAUGCAGUCUUGAUUUCAUGUUGUUAAAUUGAAUUACUUUCUCUGGCUUCUAAAGGUUUCCUAACUGUAACAUUGCUUCCCUCAACAUCUUACUUAGACAUGGCAUGCUUUGCAAUCUCUUGGUCCUCUUUGCUGAUCACUCUGCUUAUUUGCUCGUUAAACUGUAUUGCAGUAGCUGAGCCAUCCUACGUGUUUUCCCUUUGCCCAGACAAGCAGACUGCUGCUCCAAGUAGCGUAUAUCAGACUAAUGUUAAUACGCUUCUCUCUUUCCUCUCAUUCAACUCUAACAAUGAAAACCGCUUCUAUAACACAACUGUUGGGACUGGAGCCAACAAGGUAUAUGGUGUCUUUUUCUGCCGUAUUGAUCAAACAGUUUCUUUCUGCCAGGAGUGCUUCUCCUUGGCUAAUAACUCGUUAAAUUCCCAUUGCCUUGGAAAGAAAGAGUCUGUAGUAUGGUAUGAUCAAUGUAUGAUACGAUACUCUAAUGAUUCUUUCUUUGGUACCAUGAAUGAUGCUCCUAUGAUACCAAUGUGGAACAGACAGAAUGCUGUUGACAUACAAAACAUUACAAGCAACCAAACCGAAUUUACCCAAGUUGUGCUAGAAACAUUGGGAGAUGUUUCAUCCCAAGCAGCAGCAGGUCUGUCAGGCAAAAAAUUUGCAACAAAAGAAGGGAAAUUUUUGUCCAAUUUGACAAGUAUGAACUUGCUUUACACACUUGCUGAAUGUACCCCAGAUUUAUCUGUGAACGAUUGCAACACUUGUCUCCAGAUGACCAUUGGCAAUAUGACAGAGAUGUGCAACAUGAAGGCUGGUUGUACUAUGAUGAAUCCCAGUUGUAAUAUGAGGUACGACAUAUACGCUUUUUAUGGAGAUGCUCUCACACCUGCUUCAGGACCUUCGCCUGUUCCCGUUUCCGGAGAUACCUCUAAAAAUACUUCAUCCAUGUCAAGGCGGAAAAAGAUGUUACUUAUUGUUGGUGUCAGCAUUUCAGCUAUUUUGGCACUGAUGAUCCUACUUGGGGCUUGGGUUUUGAUGUUCAAAAGAAAAUCCAAGAAACCAGUUGGAGAAGAAAUGGAUGAAAUUUAUACUGUAGAGUCCUUGAAGUUCGACUUCUCCACAAUAAGGAAGGCAACCAAUAAUUUCUCAGCAGAUAAAAAGCUAGGAGAGGGUGGAUUUGGUGAGGUUUACAAGGGACAACUUGAAGAUGGACGAUAUAUAGCUAUAAAGAGGUUGUCAAGUAGCUCUAAACAAGGCAUUGGUGAGUUUAAGACUGAAGUCGUUCUAGUUGCAAAGCUUCAACACCGGAAUUUGGUCAAACUCUUGGGCUUUUGCCUGUCAGGAAAGGAAAAGAUACUUGUCUAUGAGUUUUUGCCUAAUAUGAGUCUUGACCGUUUUUUAUCAGAUCCAACAAAACGGGAAUCUUUAAACUGGAAAACAAGAUUAACAAUCAUUGAAGGAAUUGCAAAAGGGCUUCUUUACCUUCAUGAAGAUUCUCGACUCAAGAUUGUGCAUCGGGACCUCAAACCUAGUAAUAUACUGUUGGAUGAAGAUAUGAAUCCUAAGAUAGCUGAUUUUGGCAUGGCAAAGCUUUUUGGGAUAGAUCAAACUCAAGAUAACACUGACCGAAUUGUUGGAACAUUCGGGUACAUGGCUCCAGAAUAUUUGAUUACAGGACACUUUUCUGUUAAAUCAGAUGUGUAUGGUUUUGGUAUCAUAAUCUUGGAGCUUGUUAGUGGUCUAAAGAACAGGUUUUCACAUAAACAGCAAAUUGACGAGUCACUUCUAUAUAGGGCUUGGAGGCUGUGGAAUGAAGGGGUUCCUAUGAAGUUGACUGAUCCAACUUUUGGCAAUGAUUUUCCUGUUGAAGAAAUGGCUAAGUGCAUCCACAUUGGUUUGUUAUGUGUCCAAGAAGAUGCAGCUAAGAGACCGCGAAUGGCAUCAAUUGUUGCUGCGCUUAAUGGAGAGUCAAUUUCUCUGCCUUUACCAACCCCGCCUCGUUUCUUGAAUGACUCUGUAGAUUAUGGAAUCAAAGACGGUGGCUCAGACAAAUGUACUCCUGCAUUGGGAGUGAAAGAUAUCUUCACCGACUUGCAUCCUCGAUAAUGUUGAUUUAGGCACAAAUUCCAAAUCAUUUAACUACUGUAUAGUUGUUUUAGAAGUGGAGACUGAAUUAAAAAGACUUUGUAACUACAAAUCUUGUACGAUGAAACAAGUCAUCCCCAAGGCUGUAAGAUCAUAUUCUACAUAAUUGGAGCUCAGCAACCCACAUAAGUGUGUAAAAGGAGGCUAGGUAAAUUAUCAACUUUAUUUGAUUGCUGCUCUGAAGAACUCUGAGGUGAUUGAUCACUGCCCAGCUUUCCAUGAUUCCUAUUUACCCUAGUUUGUUAAGCAGCGUUAUGCCAGUUUUGAGUAUGGUUAUUUUGCUGCUUGUUUCAUAGUGAUUGUUUACAUGGCAGCAGAAUCUAAUUGUUUUUUUUAUAUCUGUAAUUCUGUAACAUCAUCAUUUGAAUUGAUAUUGAUUAUGUGUGUGAUAGGAUAUGAUUGUUUGAUUGGUUUUAAUUAAG